AUGGUGAGCAAGGAGGGUGGCAAAUGCAUGCUCACCAACUCAGAGUCUGACUCGGAGGCAGCGCCCUUGCCCUCCACCUCGCUGGCGCUGGAGGUGAAGUAUUCCCUGGAAGCCAGUCGACAGGUGAGGAAGAGAAACAAGGCCCUGCAAGUGCGUUUCAAGGAUAUCUGCGAGGCCCAGAACGAGCAGAGGGAGGCGGAGCUGCAGGCAGCGGGCAAAGGCAGCAAGCCCAUCUCCUACAAAGUGGCGUACCGCAAGUACAUGACCGUCCCCGCCCGCCGCUCCAUCCCCAACGUCACGAGGAGCACCGGCGUGCAGACGUCCCCCGACCUGAAGAAGCGCUAUCAGACCUUUCCCUUUGAGCGCAAGAAAGGCCACACCUUUAAACACGUGGCGGCCGUGGAAACCUAUAAAGGUCAGAACAACGGUUUUGUCAUGGAGGUGAAGCAGUCCAAGGCUGCCGAGCAGGGUUUAGAUGAAGAGGAGGAGGGAGCCUGCGGGGGGAGCGGAGUCCGGAGGACCAGGGCUCUGCUCCAUACUAAUGAGUGCAUCGCCACAGUGGAGCAGCACACUGCACCUGAUGGCCUGUGCUCUGACGCUCUGCAGCUCAGUUGCUCUGCAGACACGGACUGCCUUGCAGACACACAGAGGGGAAGUGGAGCCGGAGCACAGGCCGAGUACGCGCUCUGCAGUGUCCCGUCCAAAGCCAGGGCAGGAUUACAACACAGGGAGGCCGACACGGACCGCUCGGCCGCCAGGCAGCUGCUCGUUUUGGAGGAGGGCUCGUCCCGGACCCUGCCGGACAGGGCCUCCAAGGUUACGGGCCCCAUCGCCUGGAACUCCCUCACGCAGGUGGAGUGCCUGGACAGUCCGUCGGUGCGUAGCAAGCGGAAGAAAGCCCUGCAGCUCAACGGGCUGCAGAGUGAGACGCUACCACGUUCUAGCAGAGGCUGUACGACGCAGGCACAGUGCCACACGGGAACGUUGUCCGCUCGGCCUUUACGGGGCAUGGACGAGCCUCUGACACCCUGCGGAGGUGGCGAGGCUCGUGGGGCGGCGCUCGACCAAACACAGGAGGCCUGCAAGCAAAUAGUGCCUAUUAAUCAGGACGGGGAUGUUAAAGCACAGCUCCUGGCCAUGGAAAACCUCAUCAGCUCUAGCCAGGAGACCAUCAAGGUGCUGCUGGGGGUCAUCCAGGAACUGGAGAAGGGGGAGGCCCACAGAGAAGGACUGUCCUAUCGAACCGGACAGGACACGGCCAACUGCGACACAUGCCGGAACAGCGCAUGCAUUAUUUACAGUGUGGAGCUGGACUUCAAGCAGCAGGAGGACAAGCUGCAGCCGCUGAUGAUGAGGCUUUGCCCAAUGGUAGAGGGCCACUUCCCCUCCCUGCCUUACCCCCAGGAGGCCUUCACCUCCACCCCGAAACGCAAGUCCAAAGCUGACUCCAAGAAGCACGCUCGCUGGAAACUCUGGUUCCUGUGA